GUCGUCGCCUCAUGUUUGCUGCGAGCUGACAGUCACUUGCUUGGCUCCUCGUGUCAAGAAAUCCCGUUCCAGCUCGCCAAGAAGCAUCUGCUGCAGAAUUUAAUAGCAGAAUCUACGAAGGCUGACGGUCAAGAAAUCCCGUUCGAGCUCGACAAGAAGCAUCUGCUGCCUUCACGUUGUAGGAGAUUUGUGAGAAUUCGCGAUAAUCACCUUCAACUUCUUGGCUCCUCGUUUCAAGAAAUCCCGUUCUAGCUCGCCAAGAAGCAUCUGCUACCUUCGUCGCGUUGACCCUGACUCGUGAUUAACAUUUCCGGCUUUAGCUACACUUGAGGUCAUUAGUCGAUUUGUGUAACCGUCCCUGAUUCAGUUCGUUGAGCAUUCGUCAGGCCAUCAAUCUGCAGCGGCAUUUUCGUCGCGACAAGUGAACUGAUCUGCGAGGUUUCGCGAAUGUUACAAAUUUCUGUAACCGUUUGAAUAGCGAGCAGAAUCGUCAAGAAUUCAGCGGGAUUCGAUCCAAUUCCAGCAAAGGCCACAUGCUUGGCAGUCUUCUCUCGUUUUGAGACUUCUCAAGUCUCCAUCUGACUCCAGCAGAGGAUUUGAUUUGGUUCCAGCAGAGGCCUCAUGGCAGACUUUUCCUCCUCGCCGUCAGCCGCUGAGUCGACUAACCCUACCAACCAAUCAGCCCACCAACCAAUCCCGCGCGAUCCUCCCCAACCAAUCCCGAGGCUCCCAGGCCACGCGCAAGUGCUCGGCCGACCCAACCUACUCUCCUUCUCACCCAAUCAACCUCCUCCCCUUCCUCCUCUCCCUCCUCACUCACACUCCAACCCUCCCGCUCACUCACACUACAAUCCUCACUCGCACAUGCAUCUGCUGCACCCAAUCCCCGAAGAAGACUCCACCUCGCUCUCUCAAUCCGGCUCCAGCCCCGCUCGCUCGCACUCCCUCCCGUUGGAUCCUGCUGCUGCUGAAAAUGCUACAUCGGCAGCAGCAGCAGCAGCAGCAGCAGGCGGCGGCAGCAGUAGCAGCAGCGGCAGCGGCAGCAGCAGCACUGAUAGCAGCCGUCGUGUGACGUUUUCAGAGGGUGUUCAGCUGCCCGAGAGGGGCAGAAACAGCUGGAGAGGUGACAAUGAACCGGCAAAUGGGAGAGAGGCCAGAAGGGACAUUGGAAGAGAGAUUGGACGAGAGCAGCUAGGAGAGGGAGAACGGACAGUGGUAGGAGCAGAGCCGUUAAUGGAUGAACCAGUGGUAAUGAGAGACGCAGGAAGUCUUAUAACGAGUACAGGGGCGCUUGAGGAGGGGAUGAGGCGGAGCGUAGGGGAUGGGUCUGCAUUGGACGGUCCAGAUUACGGGUUUGGGAUCUGUGCGGUGGAUUUUGAUGGAGGGUUGGGUGGGGGGAUUGGUGGGGAGGUGGGGUUUGAGAGGGGAGGAGGAGGCGUGGAGCGCAUGUGGGAGGGGCGCACCUGAUUCUCUUUGGAGCCUAGUUAUGGAACCAAUGA